AUGUCAAAAAUCUGGCCCCCAGCGGGCACAAAUGAAUUCGGGAUCGCCACACUCUCCCUCGGAAAUUGGAGGGAACACCGACUGGUACCGCGACUUGAAGCAGCAGCCAAAGCAGGGUAUCAAUGGAUUGAUUUGUUUGAUGAGUGCUGGGCAGCAUAUCUGGAAGAACAUGGAAUCCCAGCCGAUCAAUUGUGGGAGCCCACACCUCGGAAUCUGGAGCUCGCGCGCCAGGUGAGCGAUUUGGUAAAGUCUCUGGGAAUGCGUAUCGCUUGUACGCAGCCUCUACGCCAGAUCGAGGGCGUGAUAGAUCCGAUAGAACGCCGCCGUACUCUCGAUCACGUCGCAAAGAGAUUUCCGUUCAUGCGCGCGUUUGACACCGACCUGGUCUUCAUGUGUGCCAAUAUCCGAAAGGACCGCGGGGUCACAUCGGAUCUCCAGAUCGUGGCACGAGACCUUGCAGAACUGGGGGAUAUGGCUGCAGCUUAUUCAAAGACCGAUGGAGGGAGAAUGUUGAAAAUUGGAUAUGAAGGUCUUUCUUGGGCGGCCAGAAAUACAUGGUCAGCGUCCUGGGAGGUGGUGCGAUUUGCUAAUCGGCCAAAUGUCGGACUUAUCGUCGACGCUUUCAAUAUUCUUGCAGUCGAGUUUGCGAAUCCGUAUAAUCCUGCAGGCCACGGCCGGAUAUAUCCCACCCUAGAAGAGUCUCUCGAAGUUCUGACAGCAUCCCUUUCAUCCUUGGUCAUGACCGUCCCAGGAGACCGAAUCUUCUUCUUCCAGUGUGGGGAUGCGGAGCUGAUGAACCCAGCAGUCUUCAAACCACCUGUGGAUCUAGACACUCCUGCUCUUCUUCCAUGGUCAAGGAGUCAUCGACUUUAUCCGUUAGAGCGAUCCCACGGUGCCUAUAUGCCCGUCGAGCUUGUGGCGGCCGCUGUCCUCGCGACCGGAUACACGGGGCCCAUAUCACUAGAGGUCUUCAAUUCUUCUUUGAACAAACCUGGAAGUAUGGUACCAAUAAGCCAUGCAAUUCGUGGAAUUGAGAGCCUGAAAUUUCUUACACGAGUGGCCUGCACUUUACCCCCAUUCUGGGAAAGCAAAGCCAGUGCACUACAUGCCAUUGCCGCUGUCUCACAGCGGUUACACGUUCAUGGCCAGAGGUUGUAA